UUGUUAUUUUGUCCAAACGUUCCUUCCUACAGUGUACCGCCAUCUGAUCCCUUCGCUUGGGAGUCCUCUGGACAGGAGACUCACGCUCAGGAGACCUUUAGCAAGUCUGCUGUGGAUCACACCGAACACCACUCCCCUUCUCGCCCCCCACCAUCAAGACCGGCACCUCCAAAGUUCCCUAGGACAGGAGCGGGCGAUGAGCAGGUGGCCGCAGCGGCAGCUGCUGCCGAAGCUGGAUCUCAUUCUCCUGCCCCACCGCGACCUCCUCCAGCCCACCCAAGUCCCACAGCUCAUCCCCAGCCACCUCGUCCGGGGCCACCAUCACCAAGACCUCCACCACCGAAGAGAGUGGAGGAGCCGGAACCCGAAGAGGAUGCAUGGACAAGGUUUAAGAAGAUGACUGAGCAGGUGAACGUUGCCUUAAAAACGACUGAGGACACUUUAAAAACGCUAAAUGAGACAACUGCAGUAAAAGAUAUCAAGGAUGAGAGCUAUCUAGGACAAAUCGGAGGAACUCAAGGUUAUGAUGACACACUUGCUCAGAGAGAAAUCCAACGAUUGGCGGAAGAAAAGAAGGAAGAGAAAAAGCUAAAAAAGAAGUUGAAACAUCAAGGAAAAAAGGCGCCGUCACCGACUUUUGAUCCCGAAAAAGAAAAAGACAUGGAUCGAGCUGCGCAAGAGUUGGCUAUGAAAAUGGCCAGUAUGAGAACAGAUCUUGGAGUAUGUUGA